AUGGUGGUGGUGGUGGGUGUGUGGAGCAUCGCGCAGGAGUUGUUUGACGAGUACGAGAGCCAAACACGGAAGGAGCUCCACGGGGAGCUAGUGGGACUGGACGCAGCCCUCUGCACGCGUCAGUACUUCAAGAAGAUAUGGGCCGAAGAGUUCCCCCAUCUCAAGGUGAAACCAAGCGGAGACUUCAUGCUUUGCAAGAUCUGCACGCUCCUCAAGUCGGCGAUCUUCGGAACGCAGUCCGGCUCCAGAGGCAUCCAGGACGAGGCGGAGAAAAACCUGAAGAGAAAGGAGUACGAGGACCACAUGGAGGACGUGAGCAACGACCGGAAGGCAAUCGCAAAACUAAAGACGGCUGCGGAGAAUGCCAAGAUGAACGGGGUGCCAUGGGAGCAGCCCUACUGCAUGAUGGACGGCGCCAACUCGAACAACUUCACUGUCCCUCUGUCCAAGGACAAGGCUCACGGGAUCGACGACAAGGGGUAUGGAGAACGUGCGAAGGUUUACGGUGUGCUCGUCGCCGGGGUGGUCAUGAACGUGUUCUUCGCCCCCCAGAUUCUCGGCACGGGUACCAAUCUGGUCGCAACGGCGCUGUACUACCAGUUCAUGGAACUGACCCUCUCCUGGGGACACACCCUAGGAGACGUGACCGUGCAGGUGGACAACACUGUCUCCGAGAACAAGAACAACUACCUCAUGGGUAUUUUGGCGGCGAUGGUUGGUCGGGGAAUCAUGAGGACGGUCACGCUCUGCUUCAUGAUGGUUGGCCACACCCACAUCCAGAUCGACCAGAUUUUCUCCUGCUUCGCCAAAGCGGUGAAAGGGGUCGACAUCUUCACGCGAGAGGAGCUGGGGGACGCCUUCAGACGCGGCUACAAAAAGGUAGAAGUAAAAUGCCGGACCCUAGAAAACCUCGCCAACUUCAAGGACCUGGUGGCUCCCGUGACACGACGCAUCCCCACCAUCACCAACUACCAAGCUUUCAAAAUCUACAAGGAGGGGCCCUCGAUGGUGGUUACGGUAAAGAAGAAGAUGCACCACGAGGACUGGUUGGGCUUCAGUGAAGAUGGGAAGACGGUAGGGAGUGGGGCCGGAUUCAGCCCUUGGCGCCUGAUGCACGCACAUGCAGUGCACUUGGAAGCGACCCCGCCCUACGAACUCAAACUGGUCCAGGAUGAUGUCAUUCAUCGGGUAGAUAUGCGCCAACAAGCCUCGUGGGAGAAGCUACCAGUCGCCUACGUCGGCGACCCGGAGAAGCAAAAGCGCGUCAAGCUGGAUCACGCCGACAGCCUCAGAAUACUAAGGACGACGGGAACCAAGGCAUUCGACCUGGACACAUCCUGGCUUCCUCUUCAGGUCUCCGGCGACGACUCUGAAUCAGACCCGGGCGACGGUGGCGACGGGGGGGGUCUCUCACACGGUCUCUCCGACGACGACGACAACAGCUCGUUCGGAGACUAUCUCGAUGAACGUCUACGGCAGCAUCAACAAAGUGGCAGUGCCCCCCAGGGGGGGGGGCGGCGGCUGAGGGAUCAGCAGACAUGGGCACAUGGCACAAUGAACACUUUCUCGUUCUUUCUGUCGGAUGGAGCCCCUUUUCUUGUGGGAAAGGUCAUCGACAAGCGCGAAGUUGACGGGCAGGAAGAGGUAGCUCUUCACUGGUACACCCCUAGGAAACGCCUGGUCGACAGCGCGGCGAAUGUAUCCUUCGACACGUACGCCGGAGCGUCCUUCUCUCCUACCUACAUAGCAGGGGACGCGAAUUCCCGUGUGAACUCUCGUCGCAAGCUACUGCCGGACUCGUCAUGGGAGCCUGUGUCCGGGAUAGUAGCGACGUGCUCCGCUCUCAUCUCGGGAGGGUCCAAAAUUCCGGCACACGUCAAACAAGNUCCUUGGCAGGCUUCGGGGGGUGGACCUGCGCAGCCGAACGUGGAGGUCGUUAUUGGCCGUUCUCCAUUUCUUCUUCAAGUCCUUUCAUUCAUUGUUAGGUCGGAGGAGGAGGAGGAGGAGGAGGAGGAGGAGGAGGAGGACGAGGAGGAGGACGAGGAGGAGAAGGAAGAGGAGGACAUCGAGCUCACUAAGGAAGGCGAUACCAUGCAGCAGCAGAAGAACAUAUCGAAGAACGACAGACUACUACAUGGGGGUGGAGAGGAGAGCGGAGCAGAGACGGGGGGGAACAUGCAGCCCGGAAGGACUGUGCAGAUCCAGGGUGUGCGGACCAGCGCGCGAGGACACAUUCCACGUAGGGAGUGGUAGGAGAGAGAAGAACCAAAUGUGUACAAGAAAAAAAAAUGAAGAAUCACCUCCUUAAUAUUUGGGUGUUGUCCGUUGGAUGGGGUUGACACCGACUGAAUGUUGCAAACUUCGGUAGGACCCAGUCAGUCGUUCAUAGCCUCUCUCUCUGCGACAGCAUUCGAAAGGUUGCGUAGCAUUUUUUUCUGUGGGCCAGUAAUGUCCACAUAACGUAAGUAAGGUCUGAUCCCGACCAAGGUGCCCUUGACAUGAGGGUAACAGGGCGACGGGGGGGGACAAAGUGAUGUUGUACUUAAGGUUGCUGUAGUAGUUGUGUU